AUGACAUCGAGCUGUAUCCGACAAUUCGAGAACUGCAAGAUGGCGCCGAAUCCUUAUAGUCCGAAGGGAGCGUCCAACACUCAGACCGAACGCAUCGCCGAGGACAAGAAGGGGUCGGGCAAGACAGGCUCAGUGACAGCCACCCCUGCAUCUCAUAUUGACGGUGUCGCCUCCUCUGUGCCAUCUGACACUUCCAAUCUUCCUGUUCUAGCAUACGACGCCGACGCCGAAUCCUUCGAUGAGGACGAACCAGAGCGACCAAAGCCGACGAAACCCUCGGCGCAAACCGAGUACGAUCCUUUCAACUACCAGACCCAUUAUGGGCAGCAGCCUAUCGUCUUAGACUCAUCGGUUGAUAAUAUCUCAACGCACGAUUCGAACGACGAAGAGGUGGAGCAUAGCAUGGAGGUCGGAUCUGAACAGAUGCUUGACGAAGAGAACCAUGGUCAUAACGCGCUUCAAAAUGCUAUUGUCGAGGACGAUCUUGCUGAUGACAUGUGGGCGGCCUUAAGUCUUCCCACCGAGAACAGAGCCAAUAACGAGUACAACGAUUCGUUGUUCGACGCUUCCGAUGAUGGGAAAGAAGAACCUCAGCGCUCGAAAUCUCUGUUACAGGGUGACAGCACUGGCAAUACUACUACCGGAAAUACUACGUUGGUAACAGCUGCUGGCGCUCCCGGGUUCAAAGCCACGCACGACUCCGACAAGGCCCACGAGUCCUUUCAGCAAAACGUCCCCGAUGAACCAAAAACCACCGCUUCUGCUCAAGAACAACCUGCUUUGACGACACCAGGGGCAUUGGGUGCAGGCAAGAAGAGGAAGAAAAAGAGCAAAGCUCAAAAGAAUGCAGAGAAGGCACGCGCUGCUCAGGGCCACAAGGAUCAAAUAGAUCUUCAAUCUUUGCAGAAUAAGGCGGCCAAGGAACAAGAAGAGGUUUCAAAGAAGCGGGAGAAAGAUAGGGCAUGGGCGGAGUACUCUACUUCAUUGGGUGUGAACGGCGCUGGCAUGUAUAACUUCUCCAAUGAAGAGGCGUCCGUAUCGGAGGAACAGCAACCUGAAGAUGGUGGCACGAACAAGUCGCCCUCAGAUGACACUGGGCCACCUCCAAAGCUUCAAGAAGACCGAGACCAAGUGCCCACGCCAAUACUUACUCAGGACCCAGCCGACAUCGAGCCUGUAUCUUGGUAUACCUCUAACGGAGACUAUGCAUAUCGCAUUGUUUUCAAAUCCACUGAGGUGCCAGUCGAUGCAAUAUAUCUGGAGUUGAAGGACCAAGGCGAACUCGAGUGGCAUGCGGCGGGAGAGAGGAAGUUGAAGGUGGACGGCCAACUGUCGAAGAAGUACUGGAAAGAAGACGGAGCGCACCUAACCAAGAGUUUCCUACGCAAGAACGCGGCCGCAAAAUUGAUUGAAUGGCGCGAUUCCAGGAAGGUCUCAAGCCUGGGUGAAGAUGUACGACACAAACUUCGCGAGCGUGUUCACGUAACACUGGACAUGGGUCCACCCAAUGGGCCUCUAGGUGAUGCUGCUUUCUUUGCUGAGAGCAUCGCUACGUUACGGAAGCGUCUCCAGACUCUACCGAAGUGGCUGCCGCAAGCUGACUUCCUUCUUAAGUUGGCAGUGCCCAAUGAUAUCUUCGUCAAGCAUCCACUCGAACGCUCAGGCUUUCUGAAGUACUGGGAUGAGGUUCGUGACACCCUGCUCACAUUCCCCACACGUUUCAAGGUGGGACUCACGGACUCGUCGAUCACUGACGCCCGGCUUAACGAAUGGUGGGAUGAGAAUGACAAGGAUGAGCUUGAUCGCCGAGUGAAUAAAGCUCUAACGGAGCUUCAUGCACCAGUUGAUGUCAAGUUAUUCCAUGAACAAAACUUAGAGAUGACGACAGGGUUUGGUAAAGACAAAAAGUCGGUCAAGAAGCACGCAGACCUAGCAUCCACAACUACUGCACUUCCGACUAUUGUCCAAGGUGUCGACGCGAUGCUUAGCUAUUUCGGAUACAACGAAAAGUCACUGAAAUCUCGGAUUGAGGCCGAGAUGUCGCAAGCUUUGCAAAUGGAACGCCAGGAGUGCAAGAAAGGAGGAGGCGAUCCAUCGAAAAUCAGAUUUGACGACAACCUUCUGAACCAGCGCGUAGAUGCCGAAAUUGCGGAAUUCGAAGAUAUGAGGCGGGCCGAAAUUGUGGAAAAGUGCAAAUCGACGUUAUUGACAUCAGAGAGCGUUGAGACUGCCAUAAAACAAGGCACACGGUUCGUAGAGGACCUCCAAUACUUUCAGCAAUACCGGAAACUGCCAGAAAGAAGCGACCCUGUUCCCGACCCUGUUCAAGUAACUUUCCCAGCAGCGCAGAUCCCAGCAACACGACCGUCAUCGAAACCCGCUCGAGGCAAACAGGAUCAGCCUGGGCCCGGUGCGCACAAAUUAGGCAUCUGGAUACCUCAAAAGAAGACGGAUGGAUCAUUCGCCGUAAAACGCUACGAGCGAAAGACACAGAAGAUUCUCCUGGAAAUCAUGAAUCAACGCUGGCUUCCUACCGAGGAGUUCAGAACGAAGCUAGAGCGUGCUGCCGUGAUCGCAGCCGACGAUGCCGGCAUAUUUUGGACAGCGUACAACAACGCCAAAGCGGAGGACAACAAGGAUCCGGAAGAAGACUUAGCAAUUGCUCCACAAAACUCAAACUUCGACCACUCGCAUUCCUUUAGCCAGGAUCGAUACACGAAUCAAGCCCUUUUGGCAGGAAUGCCCACCGUAGACUCCUUUGGCACCCUUGAUAUGGAUCUGCUCCCUGCUAGAGUACCCGGCGCAGGCUUACAGAACUCCAUCGAUCCAGCUUUCUUGCCCCAUCAAAACCAGGCAUCGCCACCGCAGCGUAAUCAAUCCUCGAAUCAGUCACAGAUGCCAGAAUUCCCUCUAGGGUUGCACUCUGACUAUUAUCCAUCAGUUGCCCCCGCCCAUGGAGUUCGGCCUGCGCCAAAUCUGCAAUACACCUCGCAAGGAGACGUUGCCUCCCAAAAUGAUUCUUCCAAUAAGCCACCAGCUGCGCCAGGUCAACCUUCUUCUGCGCUCAGCUCUACGUAUAACGUGAAAGCACAGUAUGUUCGAGGACGGUUUGAGGCUCUGUCAGAGAACACCACUAUGCAGAAUAACAUACCUAUGCCUCCCACAGCCUUUUCAGUUGGCCCUGAACAGCGUCGUGGCAAGAAACGCGACCGGACGGAAUACAAUGAGGCCGGAAAUGAAGACCAGAUCAAUGAUCGGGUAUUCAAGAAGCACGCUGGAGAGCGAAAUGGUUCAUAUUCUCUCGAUGUUCCUGUGAAGCCGCUCAAUGGACAUGUAUUGGAGAGCCAGGGUCACCCGCCCAGCAAUCUAGGAAAGCGUAAUCGCCAUGGAGAUCCAGACCCCUCAGAACGACCCAAGAAAAAGCCAGCACUGUCGAUUGCGGAUGCUACAAGCGCCGCCCCUCGUCGAGUACUAAGGCCUCAAUCACCUCAAGGCUAUCGAAUUCGAGUGGACUCCGCCACUGAGACGCUCAGGCCGGCUCCCGGUAGAUCUGCUUUCCAGGAACCUCUGUUACCUGGGAACAUAAACAUGACUCAUCAGCCGACUACCGAGCAAGACAUUCAGAACGCAAACAAUAUCAACCAUCAUCAACACGGCUUCCGCCCAAUUGAUCAGAUGCCCAUCCAGGAGCCGGAUUUCCAGCUAGAUGAAGAAGACUGGCUUUUUCUGAAUGCUGAAAUCGAGGAUCCUCAUCACCACCAUGAACAACAGUACGGAGCAAGCCAACCUGGCAGCGAACAGUGA